CCCACCAGCACAACGCCGCCGGCCGAGCUGACCCAGGCAUCCAGCGUGCCGCUGCCUGCAGGCGGCCGCCGUCCAGCGCCCCUCGCGGCCCCGCCGGCUCGCCCUUCGCUGCCCUCGCCCAGCACGGCGGCGCCUGCGCGGCCGGCCGGCAGCACCCUCGCGGCCUCACUCCCCGCCCAGCGCGGCAGCCGCGCAGCCACACAAAACCUGCUGCGCCGCCGCCGGAUUUCCCCUCCUCCCCUACCCCGGUCCCUUCCUCCAACCCAUCGCUGCCCGAUCCAACACCGCCGGAGCACCCUCGACUGCAACACUUACGGCGAGAGGGGGGAAACCUAGGAGAUGAGGCUGGUGGGGUUGACGGGCGGGAUCGCGUCCGGGAAGAGCACCGUAUCCAACCUCUUCAAGGACGCCGGAGUCCCUGUCGUCGACGCCGACGUCGUUGCUCGGAAUGUAGUGCAGAAAGGUACUGGAGGUUGGAAGAAGAUUGUAAAAGCCUUUGGGGAUGAAAUUUUGUUGGACAACAGAGAAAUUGACAGAGCUCACUUGGGACAAAUUGUGUUUUCUGACCCAUCAAAGCGGCAACUUCUUAACCGUCUUCUGGCGCCACAUAUUUCUUCUGGCAUAUUCUGGGAGAUUGCAAAACUGUGGAUGAAGGGAUGCAAGGUUAUCGUCCUGGACAUCCCGCUGCUGUUCGAAACAAAGAUGGAUAGAUGGACAAAUCCAGUCAUUGUUGUCUGGGUUAAUCCAGAAACCCAGAUCGAGAGGCUCAUGUCAAGAGAUGGGUGCUCUGAAGAACAAGCUCAGAACAGGAUCAACGCACAGCUUGCUCUGGACUGGAAGAAGUCGGAAGCGGACAUAGUGAUCGACAAUUCUGGGUCACUGGAUGACACCAAACAACAGUUUCAGGAGGUGUUGAGGAAAGUCUCCGAGCCCUUGACAUGGAAGGAGUGCUUGCGAUCCCGAGACGGUCUGAUCUCUGUUGUCAUGUGUACAGCAGUGGGGGUAUUACUUGCCCAGAAGAACCUGCUAUGAUCCUGAUAAGUUUGAGGAUGUUAAAACCAGUGAUGAUGUGUUUCUGGAGACCGGCACAAAUAAGCUCGUCCGGUCUCUUAAGAGUGGAAAUUGGAUGGCUGCAUUUGAACCAUAAUGAUAAAAUAAAAUUUCAUAUGAUUUAGUGUUUUACGGUAGAAACUACUCGAUUGUGGUGGCAUAUAGCAUGCCUGAGUGGAGAAAGCUGUCCGUCGGUUUUCUCAGUUGCUUUUACUGGGUAAUGGUUCGAGUCAUGGAACUCUGCUUGGUUUGUUUCGCUGGGCCAAAUAUUGCUUAAAACCAUAUGCUAUGGAUGGCAGGAUGGGCCAAGGAUUAGAACUCAGUUCGGCCCAUCCGUGUGGAUAAUGCA